AUGAAUUGGAAGCGACCUGCGUCGUUUCCAGUGGGACAAGUUUGGAGCAGGUUUCAGGGAAGAGAGAGAGAUGGGAAACCAGCUUGUAUGUACCAAAUUCGUGACAUGGAUGAAAGGUGGCGGAAGCAGUGUCUGGACAUGAUGCAGAAGACAUUUAUUGAUGAUGAACCACUGUGUCAAAUAUUGGAGAUCGAGAAGGAUCCAGCUUCUAUACAAACGAUCAGGUCCAACUGGGAAGAUAUAGCAGACCAAGGUCUCUGCAUUGCAUGCUUUACCGAGGAGCUAGGACAGCCUAAAGACCUGGUGGGUUUUAACAUAUUGUUGGUGAAGAGCCAGGAAGAUGCUGAGGAGAAUUUAGAUACUAUAAAGGGUGAGCAAUGGAAGAAACUGCUGAGGACCCUGACAGUGGCUGAACAGCUUGUGGACGUUUUUGACUUGUACAAGGUAGACCAGAUCUUAACUUCCAGUGGAUUGACAGUCCUACCUGGGCACCGAGGACAGAACAUAGGCGCCAGGAUCAUUGCGGUUAGAGAGCAAAUAUGCAAGACGUUCAACAUUUAUGGCGUAGCAACGGUAUUCACAGCGAUCACCUCACAAGUUCUGGCGGCCAAAUGUGGCUAUCAUACCCUGGCUGAGUUAAACUAUGAAGACAUGAAACCGUUCGGGAUCGACCUCACCGGAUGCACAACUAAAAGCGCGAAAUUAAUGGGAAUCAAGUAUACGCUUUAG